GGACAGCUCUAGUGGCCGUCCGUCAGCUCUUCUUCCUAAUAAGGAGCAGAUUCCUGAACACCGACCAGGAUGAGCAACAUCUACAUCCAGGAGCCUCCCACAAACGGGAAGGUUUUAUUGAAAACUACAGCUGGAGAUAUUGACAUAGAAUUAUGGUCAAAAGAAGCCCCUAAAGCUUGCAGAAAUUUUAUUCAGCUUUGUUUGGAAGCUUAUUAUGACAACACCAUUUUUCAUAGAGUUGUACCUGGAUUUAUAGUCCAAGGGGGAGAUCCUACUGGCACAGGGGCUGGUGGAGAUUCUAUCUAUGGGGCCCCAUUCAAGGAUGAAUUUCACUCACGGUUGCGUUUUAAUCGGAGAGGACUGGUUGCCAUGGCAAAUGCUGGUCCUCAUGAUAAUGGCAGCCAGUUUUUCUUUACACUGGGUCGAGCAGAUGAACUUAACAAUAAGCACACCAUCUUUGGAAAGGUGACAGGGGAUACAGUAUAUAACAUGCUGCGACUGACAGAAGUAGACAUUGAUGAUGAAGAGAGACCACGUAAUCCACACAAAAUAAAAAGUUGUGAGGUUUUGUUUAAUCCUUUUGAUGACAUCAUUCCAAGGGAAAUUAAAAAGCCAAAAAAAGAGAAGCCAGAGGAAGAAGUAAAGAAAUUGAAACCCAAAGGCACAAAAAAUUUUAGUUUACUUUCAUUUGGAGAGGAAGCUGAGGAAGAAGAGGAGGAAGUAAAUCGAGUUAGUCAGAGCAUGAAGGGAAAAAGCAAAAGCAGUCAUGACUUGCUUAAGGAUGAUCCACAUCUCAGUUCUGUUCCAGCUGUUGAAAGUGAAAAAGAUACAGCAGGAGAUUCAGAUGAUGAUGGAGAAGACGAAAGUGCAGAGCAUGAUGAAUAUAUUGAUGGUGAUGAGAAGAGCCUGAUGAGAGAAAGAAUUGCAAAAAAGUUAAAAAAGGACACAAGUGCAAACGUUAAAUCAGCUGGCGAGGGAGAAGUAGAGAAGAAAUCAGUGAGCCGCAGUGAAGAGCUCCGGAAAGAAGCAAGGCAAUUAAAGAGGGAACUCUUAGCAGCAAAACAAAAAAAAGUAGAAAAUGCAGCAAAACAAGCAGAAAAAAGAAGUGAAGGGUUUCUGCUGGCCGAUUUUCAGAAGUAAGUCACUGGACGUUUCUUCCUAGUCUGCCCUAGUCUACAAGCUCCUCUGAAACCUGUUCAGCAUUCAUAGCAACACAUAAACCUCCACUGAUAGAUGGUGUCAGCUGCUCGUGAGGUGCAUUGGCCUGCGUCUCCUCCAUGGAAGGUGAGAAUUCUACCACUGAACCACCAUUGCUCUCAUAUAUGAAUAUAACUUCAUAUAAUUUUUGCCAUUUAUCUGUCAUGUAUUCAUUUUUUGAAGAUGAAAGAAAUAGAACAUCAAGGAAUAAAAUCAUUACAGUCACACAACUAAAUUUUUUUAAUAGCAUGCAAUUUGACUAUUUAAAAUUCAGUACAGUUCAAUUUCUUAGUUGAAUACAGAAUCUACAGUAGUGUCUAACACCCCAAUUUAGGUAAACAAAGAGUGGUAUUUUCUUUGGAUACCAAUGACGUCAAAAGAGAUGUACUGGAGGACAAUCCUGUUUACAGCCUUGGAGUUUCUUCAGUCUCACUAUAAAUCAUUCAAGCCUGUGCAUAGGAUUGUUGUGGGUGUAAUAAAUUCUGAAUAAGAUUGAUAGUUAAUUGGGGGUAGAGUUGGUUUCCAGUGUUGGCUCUGUCAAGUUCUUUAAUAAACUAUAUAAUCCUUUUUGUUAAAUUAUGUCUCUGAGUCCUUUCCAGAUUUCUUUAAGUCUCUUCAUAUCAAAACCAAUACCAAAUUGAACAUGGUCAUAUAGAGAUACAGGUUUGGACAUACUCUCUAAUCAGCUUUAGGGAGAUGAGGUGUCAGAUCCUUUUUUCAAAGUUCUAAGCAGACAAUACCUGCUGUAUGACUGGUGCCAGAAAUUAGAGGAGGAAAGGCAAUCUGAGCUAAUAAAUCAAGGAAGGAUUUUAAAGCCUCCUCAUGAAACACAUCCCUGAGGUGCUUAGUACCUCUCAAGUUACCCUGGGCCAUUUCAUGUUUCUUCAGUCUAUCUUCUUAAUACUGGAUUAAGCCAGACCGGGGUCCUUCAGGCUUGAUAGGCUGUGAAAGUAUAUAGUUUUUGACUACUUUUCAUUUAUCUAACACACGAUGUUAAACUAGCUUAACCUUGGUUUUUAUAAGAAACAGACACCCUUUUGGAAAGUUAGCUCUGUGUUGUGCCUGAUACCAUAUCGAAUUAAUUCCUCUUAUUAGAGCAAACUGUUCAUUUUUUUCUACAUCAAUUAACUUUCUCUAGGUACCCUUGAGUCAUCUUUUUUUUUUUUUCCCCCCUUUGGAGGCUAAAAACAUCAGACCUAUAUUUCCCUCAAUUCUACUCUUAAUAAAUGUGCUAAUUUUUUUAUGUUAUUUACAUGGAAAAGUAAAACCAUAUUUGCACUUGACUCAUAGAAAGCCUCAGAUCAUCUAUUUAUUCUUAUUUUGGGCAUAAUGCUAACAAAUUGAUUAUCUAGUCUCAAAGCUCAAAACAGAUUAAAGGCUAGAAAAUUAAAAAUAAGGGAAAGUAUACUUUAUAAAAACCCAUUGCCGUCGUGUCGAUUCUGACUCAUAGCAACCCUAUAGGACAGAGUAGAACUGCCCCAUGCAGUUUCCAAGAAAGGCCUGGUAGAUUCAAACUGCCGACCUUUUGGUUAGCAGCUGUAGCUCUUAACCCCUAUGUCACCAGGGUUUCCAAGGAUAAUUUUAAUGGUAUGUGAAUUAUAUCUCAUAAUUUUAAAAUAUAAUGAAGAAUAAACAAAAAAAUAAAAUCAGGGCAGGGACUGGCCUUUGGACCUUUCUAACACACAAUUUAAUAACCAAGGUUUUAAAAAAAAAAAAAAAUGAGGAAAAAGGCACAGCUAGAGACAUUCAUUCUGGCAGCCACUUGAUACUAGGGAAGGAAAUGCAAGAAUGUAGUAGUCAUAGUAUGGAUCCAUUUGAUGUGGAUACUUCACUAUACUCUGAGGGUAUUUCACUAUUGAAAGAUAACAUUACUGAUGCUUGUUGUAAUAACCCUGAUUCAUUAAGAAAAGGUUAAAUGGUAUUUAUUAUUGUCUAAUGGGCAAUGAUUCUAACCUAAGUGGUAAAAAAUUAAUCGCUUUAAUGAACUGAAGAUCACAUUCUCUUAUCUGGAAUAUUCAAUUGUGUGAAAAACCUCAUUUUCUGGAAGUACUGGAAAAAUAAAUCAUUGACUCUGAACUAGGACAAUCAGUUUCUUGAGUGGGAUUAGAGGCACGUUAUGUUUUUAACUGUACUUUUUUUUAGUGAUACUCGUCAUCUUAAAAAAUAGUAAAGAUUUUUAAAGGUAUAUAACAAAUGUAAAGAUGUGCAUACCCUUACAGUGAGAUUAAGAAUUUGUUCUUUUAGCAAAGUGAAGUAGAGAUAAUCAUCUUUAAUUUGAAAGUCCAUCAAGUACUUUGUUCUCUUUAGAACAGCCCAUUUCAUACUUUCUUAGUAGCCACCGUGAUCAAAUCUUCUUGAGUUUUACUUUGAGAACUAUACGUUAUGGGACAUACUUAAUUUUUAUGUACAGUGAAAAAUAAACUCAAACUGAUCCACAUGCUUUUUUGUGUAUUGAUUCUGGGUCAUCUUGUAGACCUCCUAGUGACUGCUUAGGACUCAUUCCUUGGUACUCUCUUUUUCUUUCUUCUUCUUUUUCUUAUAAUUUGUUUUUGUUGUUGAGAAUAUACACAGCAGAACAUACACCAAUUCAACAAUGUGUACAUGUACAAUUUAGUGACAUUGAUUACAUUCUUUAAGUUCUGCAGCCAUUCUCAUUGUUCUUUUCCAAGUUGUUCCUCCUUCAUUAACAUAACUCACUAUGCCUCAAGUUUCCUAUCUCAUCUUUCAAGUUGCUAUUGUCACUUUGAUCCCAUAUAGAUAGAUCAUAAAACAGCACAAUGCUCAAGGCAGACAUUCUUUACUAGUUAAGCUAAACUCUUGUUUGGUUUUAAGAAGACUUAAGGGGAUAUUUUUGGUUAAGGUUUAAAAAUUAUCUGAGGGAAGUAGUUUCAGGGGUUCUUCCAGCCUCCAUGGCUCCAGGAAGUCUGGAUUCCAUGAGACUUUGAAAUUUUGUUGUGCAUUUUCCUGUUUUUGAUCAGGAUUCUUCUGUAGAAUCUUUGGUCCCAGUGUUCAGAAAUGGUAGCCAGACAUUUCUUCUGAUCUCGUGGCAAAGGGGGCAGUUGUUCAUGGAGGCAGUUAGCCACACAUUCUGCUUAUAUACAACCAAACAUCUCAUGGAAUUUAAUUCCUUGGUUUGGAGGCUUAGGGUCAUGGUUUCAUGGAGCAUCCCAGUUAAUUGACAUAAUAUAGUGUUCAGUGUUUCUGUUCUACCUCCUAGUUCGUUGUGAAGUGCUUAGGGUCUUAAAAACUUGCAAGUGGCAAUCCAAGGUACAAAAAUUGGUCUCUAUUUGCCUGGAACAACAGAGGAAGAAGCAGAGUCAGAAAUAGGAGGAGGAAAUGGAAUGUGUAGAUAGUUGCCUCCAUUGCUGCUUUUAAGAACCAAUGUAUUAAUAUUAAUGCUUUUCAUCCCUUCACUGUCUUAAUAUAGUUUUCUAAUAAGCAUUAGCAUUCUUUCUGUCUGAUGAUUGAUGUAAGUCAAUGUAGGGAGUUUGGCAAGAGUCUUUAACUAUAUUUUUAGAAACUGGUAUUUAUCCUCCUAUUAUUAAUAUCUGUGCCAUUUCUGACGAGUUAAAAGCAGGUUUGUUAACUGAUACAGGUAAAAGUAUUAGUCUUCCACCAUAACUUUCUCUUUUGUGGGGGGGGGGAAGCUUUAUUAUAUCUUCCAAUUAUAAAAUAACAUGUUUAUUGCAAAGGAAAUCAGAAAUAUAGAAAGGCAUAAAGAGUAAAAAUAAAGAUCACUUUAUAAUCCUUCUGUCAAAGACAACCAUGAUUAACUUUGUGAUGUAUAUUUUUCUGGAUUUUUUAACCUUUAUGCCAGAAACAUACAUCUGUAUUUUUUUCUCCAUAUUGUUGUUGUGUUGUAAUUUUAUUUGUUGUAAUUCUUCUUGGAAAUCUUGUAAUUACCAAGUGAAAAUGACCAAUAACACUUAAAUGGGCAUCUUGCCUAAGGCGUAUUUCUUCCUCUUAUUUGUGUCACAUCAGUCAGAGUAAGAUAUAGAGGAUGAUAGAUUAAGGACCAUAUAAAUGUAAUUGGGAGAUGGAAAAUUUCCACCAUUUUCAGUUCUGGGGUUUAGAAGAUAUAGGGGCACUGACACCUAGGACUAUGUUUCCAUUGCUGAUGGAAAUUAUCUAUACCUCUCAUUCAUUAAAACAAUAAAUAAUCUUAAACUGAUGUUGCCUGCUAGCCUUCCACUUCUCCAUUUCUUAAGUGGCUACAAUAAUUCUGCAAGGAAACAUUAGAAUUAUAUUAGGUAUUUGGAGCCUAAAUUGAAAUAAUUACAAAUUUACCACUUUAUAAAAAUGAAAGAUAUGAGGAAGAUGUGUGUGUGGUGUUAUUGUUUUGUUUUGUUAUUUAAAAUGUCUCAAAGGGGUAACUAAUAUUGUCAUUAAAAGUUUGAUUAUAAACAAUGUUCCCUUUAGGGAAUGAAGUUGUUAACUAUCCCAGACUGCAUCAAGACCUUAUUUUAAGUAAGAUGUUUUUCUUUAAUGUGACAUUCUCUGUAGUCUUGCCAAAAAUGACAUCAAACAUAUGAGUGCUGACUUUCUUCAGCGUCUUGCAGCACUUAAUCAAAUUUGAAAAAGAUAUUUAUUUCACAGCUUUAUAGUGUAAAUCUGUGAAUACGUUGCAUUAAAACUUUUUUGGGACAGUUUAACCUGUGUGGCAUUAGGUUGUUUUUGUUUUGUUUUGUUUUUUAAUGAUUAACAUAAUAUGCUAACAUUUUAAAUGCUUAUAUUUCCAAAAUAUUCACAUAAAUUCCUGGCAGAUGGUACAGCUGCAGCUUUUGAGUACUGAUUUUUUCAUGCAAAAAUCAGAUAAUCCCUAAAUUAUAUUAAUAGCUACAUUAAAAGAAUUUGAAAUGCAGAAGGGAUAAAGGGAAUAAUGAAGUUCUCAGAACUAACAAGAUGUCAAAAAAUAUUAAGAGUCAGUUGAAGUAACCAAAAUGGUUUAUAUUGAUUUAUUUUUCAGGAAAAAUGACCAUACCAGAAUGCAAGCUUGUUUAAAAUAUUAUGCUGCUAUAUAUUUUAAAUCUGAAGGUAGGCUAGCCUUCAGGAAUGUUUUGAGCAUCAAAAACCCAGACCUUGAGUGUACUUCAUUUACAUCGCAUUCUUCUGUGUAACUAUCACAAAGUUUUGGUCCUGAAAGGAUCAUCCAGCCCUAUCCCUCCAUUAGAUAGGUGGGAAACCAGGAGCUAGCCCUUUAGGGGCUUGCCCAGUGUCACACAGAUAAGUGGUAAGACUAGAAUUCACAUCUCCUAGCUCUCUUUCCACUACUGUGUUCUUCAAAUUUGGUCCAACCUUAAGUAGGUCCAGUCUGCAAAGCUUAAAUGGUAUUUAUUAAAAUGCACUAUGUGUUUGGCUAGAAUAAUUGUUUCUAAAAUACCCUCAACAAACCUAGAGUCCUUUAGAGAGCACAAUAUUGUCAUAAACAGGUUGUACCUUUUCAAAGAUUCAAGUGUGUAAUUUUGGAGUGAAUGACAAAAUUUCAAUGUUAUGGAAAGCAUCAAUUUCUGGCAACAUGGUCAGUUAGGAUUUCAAACUAAUCCCACUGAAAACAACUGGAAGUAUUGAAUAUAAUAUAAAAACAUUUUCUGAUAUGCUUAUAUGAGUUUAUAAGAAAGCAAGGAAUUCUUAAACCAGGGACUAAGUAAAGUUGUGAACUAAGUAAGACAAGGUUAAGUGGAACUCUAAGUCUGGCCUUAACCCUAACAACAUUUGCUAAAUUGGUGAAGUUUAAUAUUGUUUUUGAGACGUCACCAAGUUUGUGAGAGAGAAUGCAAAACACAAGGUCUUCUCAAGGUAAAGGGGUCUAAUAAAAGACUAUCCCAUAUAGUUUGAGGUCUAAAGGCCCUCAUCCAUAGUGCCAGGAGAAUUAGAAAUAAGCUGGGUCACCUCACCCCCAUCAGAACACUACAAGAAAAACUGCCUGUAUUGAAUCAUGGAGCAGAGUAUGCAGCCUUUCCACCAGUUUGGAGCCCAAAUUCAGACUACUUGAGUGGCCUAAAAGUGCUCCAGCCAAGAGUUUAGUUUGAAAUAAUCCUGGAUCCUUUUAGAGCUUGCAGAAGUCUGAUACAAGCAAACAUAAAUCCUUUCUGAGAAACCUACUUUCAUUUACCAGUCUUCAAAGAAAGGUUAAAAAAUAAAUUCAGAAUUAAAAAAAAUAAUAAUCCAGGUAUCCUGACCAAAAGCCAGUAGAAGCAACAGACAGCAGAAUCAGACUCACAAGAACUUCCAAUUUUAUUCAGACCCUAAAUAUAAAAUAAGUAUAUGUAAUAUAUUCCAAUGUACAAUUGGCUUGAAAAUAUAAAGAACAAGCAGAUUUCAAAACAACAAAAAGAGGUAUCCUAGAAAUGAAAAAUACAAUAAUUGGCACUAAAAAUUCAGUAUAUUUAGAGCAAAUUAUAUGUAACUAAAAGAGCAGUAGUGAACUGAAAGAUAAAUUGAAAAUAACUGUGGAGACUUUAGGUCAAAGAGAUAGGAUACCUGUGAGAAGAGAAAGAAGUCUAAUAUAUGUCUAAUCAAGUUCCAGAAGGUGACCAGAGGGCAAAAAAAGAUGAUAGCUGAGAAUUUUCUAGGACUAAUGGAAGAGGUCAAUUCAUGAGUAAAGAAGCCCUUAAAAUAAUCCAAAAGAGGAUAAAUAAAAAUAAAUCAGACCUGAACACAUCAUAAUAAUACUUCAGAGCAUUCUCAGCAUUUAAUACAAAUAUAUCUUAAAAGCAGCCAGAGAGAAAAGUCCGUUUACCUUUUAAAAAGUGAAGACUGAUUUCUCAACAACAACAAGCAGGCCACGACAAAAUAUUAUCUUCAAUAUACCAAAAAAAAACCAAACCUGCUGCCACUAAAUCAAUUCUAACUCACAGUGACACUGAGGGACAGAGUAGAACUGCCCCAUAGACUUUCCAAGCUGUAAAUCUUUACAGAAGCACACUGCCACAUCUUUCUCCAUGGGUGAGACCAGACUAGAGUGGAUCUUUUCUGUCACCUGUCUGUCAGUUUGUCGUACUGUGGUGGCUUGUGUGUUGCUAUGAUGUUGGAAGAUAAUGCCAUAGUAUUUCAAAUUCCAGCAGGGUUAACCAUAGUGGAUAGGUUUUUAAUGGAGCUUCUUGUCUUAACAGACUGGGAAGAAAAGCCUGGCGAUCUACCUCUGAAAAUUAGCUAAUGAAAACCCUAUGGUUCACAACAGAAUAAAGUCCAAUAUAGUGCUGGAAGAUUAGCCCCCUAGGUUGGAAGGCACUGAAAAUACACAGUGGCUGCAACAGUGGCUUCAAGCAUACCAAUAAUUGUAAAGGUGGUGCAGGACUGGGCAACAUUUCGUUCUGUUGUACAUGAGGUUACCAUAAGUCACAGUUGACACAAUAGCAAUAACAUCUUGGGUUACAAAUACCCAGCCACCCAGUUAUAUAUAUAUAUAAUUAAAAUAAAUACUUAACAGUAAUAGUAUAUAAGUCUGGGGUGCACGUAAAAAAAAUUUUAAAAAGGGGUAAUAUGGUCCUUGUAUUGUGUAGCAAGAUACAGAUUAAUUUACACUUUAAUAAAUGAAGUAUGUUGUUGUUGUUGUUAGGUUCCGACUCAAAGCAACCCUAUGCACAACAGAACGAAACACUGUCCAGUCCUAAGCCAUCCUUACAAUCGUUGUUGUGCUUGAGCUCACUGUUGCAGCCACUGUGUCAACCCACCUUGUUGAGGGCUUCUUCCUCUUUUCCGCUGACCCUAUACUCUGCCAAGCAUGAUGUCCUUCUCCAGGGACCAAUCCCUCCAGACAACACGUCCAAAGUAUGUAAGAUGUAGUGUCGCCAUCCUUGCUUCUGGUUGUACUUCUUCUAAGACAGAUUUGUUCGUUCUUUUGGCAUUCCGUGGUAUAUUCAAUAUUCUUUGCCAACACCACAAUUCAAAGGCGUCAGUUCUUCUUCGGUCUUCCUUAUUCAUUGUCUUGCUUUCACAUGCAAAAUGAAGUAUACAUAUUAAUAUUCUUUUAGGAAAACUACUAAAAGGAUAGGAAAAGAUCUUCCGAAGUAGUAUCAGAAAAAAUGAAAUUAAGAAAAAAAUACAAUCUAAAAGGAGACAAGAAAGGAAAGGAAAAGAAAUACAGACUGGGCAACAUAAAAAAUGGUACAAAAUAAGAUGGGAGAAAUAAAAUCCAGAUAUAUCAGCAAUAGUAGUGAAAUAAUGCAAAAGGUCGAAUGCUUUACAUAAAUGACCAAGAUUGUCAAGUGGGUUUAAAAAGAAAUUCAAUCAUGUGCUAUUUACAUGAAAUACAUUGUAAAUAUAUUGAACAAUCAAUGUUUUUAAGCCAAAAUGUAUUACAGACUCAAAAUGUUUGCAGCAAAACUUGAUAGACCUAUAAUAAGUAAAUAAAUCUAUCAGAGUGGGAGAUUCUUAGGGUACUUUUUCUGAGUAACUGAUAAAAUAAGCGUAUAAAAAAUUAGUAGGAGUGGAGAAGGUUUAAACCACAUUAUGGGUUGGAUAAAUACAUACUCAAAGUCUUCAUAUAGCUAUGAAGCUUGUGCUCUCACUCCUCUGGAAAAUUGACGUUGCAGUCCGCAUAUAAAGCUGAUGUCCCUUCAUAACCAUAUGACUUGGGGUGGGAGGUUAAAAUUUUGCAGUGUUUUGUGAUGUCCAGCUCUUCCCUGCGUUCGCUCUACUUUCUCCCACGCGCCCAACUAAGGUACCACCCAUCUUCUGUGGGCCCCUUCAUGCGUAUUAUAACUAGAGGAGACAGUACUGAGGCACUACAGCCUUUGUUUGUCAUUAGUCAACACGCUUCCUCGUCCAAGUAGAGAAUCUGGCAAGGUGUUUUCUCUAUAUGCAUUAUAACAUUGACCUCAGGUGCUUCAGGAAAAUUGACCUCUAUUAAUUUUUCAAUGGAAAAUUUUUUUUUAAUUAAGAAAAAAUUUUUGUUUUUCCAGUUGAGUGUUUCUCAGCAUCCUAGUCUGAGUCAGAAGAGGGAAGGAAGGAGGAGUCUUCAAAAAAUAUAGCCCCCAAAAGAUAUAUUAAAUCAAUGAUAAGUUAGCAUCCUGGAUAUAGUUGACAGUUGGGAAACAGACCACUACUGCACCAAGAGCACUGUAGAAAAUGGAGCUCUUGAUUUAGCAGAUGAUACUCAAUUUUUUUUUAAUCUUGAAAGUAUCUAUGUAUUAUUCUUAAAAAAAAAAAAAAAAAAAAUCCAAUGCUGUCGAGUUGGCUUCAACUCACAGCGACCCUAUAAGAGAGAGUAAAACUGCCCCAUCGGGUUUCCAAGGAGCAGCUGGUGGAUUCGAACUGUCGACCUUCUUGGUUAGCAGCCAAGCUCUUAACCACCGUGCCACCAGGGCUCCAUGUAUUAUUCUAACGAGAUACAAAAAUGAAAAUAAGACCAGUCAGUGUUAAUAUUUUUCUCAGUUUAACAAGUGUAACACAAUCUUAGCUUGGAUCUUUACUGUUCUUUUUUCUUCAUAGUUUCAGCCUAAUAUUGUCUUUCACUUCCUUUCUUAAAUGGUUACAUAAUAUUACUGCUGUAUUGUACAGAACAUCUACCACAGUCGUGUUCACUUCUCUGUUCACACUUUCAUCCCCAUCUUUCAGUGGCUGCACAUUGGACAUGAACAAAGUCAUUCUUCCAGGGUUUAUAAAUCCCUGUGGAAUUACUGAGAAUGAAUGGUAUUAUAUAAAUGUCGGAUUGUUUCAUAACAGUUCUUAAAACAAUGAGAUAAUGUCUGUUAAAGAACUUUAAGUUCCAGGGAGAAACGCAGGGCAUUAAUACAAGUUAUCUUUAUUAUGUUAGUUCCAUAUAUUUUUGCUGUACAAUUUGAAACUUUAUUAUUAUAUCCUUUAAAGAUAAAAAGGUUUUGUUUGUGUAUGUGUGUGUGUGUUUGUCCUGCUGACUAUACAAAACUAAAUAACUAGAUUUUGUUGAUUCAUUUUGUCCUUUGAGUCCAGUAAGUUUGUCACCAUAAAUACUAGACAGAGUAAAAUUAGAAACCUAAAACGAUGUUUUUAGGUUUAAACAUAGUGUUUAUCACUUAAUUUAAAGCUUUGUUCUUGUGCAAUACUGAAUUUCUUUUUUCUUACUGUAGAUAUAUAAAGAUUUGCUGAGUUUUACAAAGACUUCAGUGAGGUCGCUUAUUUACAAAUAAUUCCCAAAUCUAUUUUUCUACCUCUGAGAUUCAGGCUCACAUUUCCAACUCCCCUUUUAAACAUGUUUACUUAAAACUAAUAGUGACCAAAAUUAAGUGUAUUUUCUCCCCCACAAAAACAAGCCCCUUAAACUAAUUUCCCUAUUGCUAUUGUUAGUGGCACCGCUGUUGUUCCAGACAGCGAAAUUAAAAAAUCUAGUAUCACCUUUGACUUCUUCCAUUCUUUACUCACCCCUCAGGCCUAUCCCCAUAGCCAACCCUACAAAUUUUUACCUCUACAGUGUCUUUGAAAUCUGUCCCGUCAUUUCUAUUACAUCAUCCAUUGCUCUAGAUAUGUCUUUUACUACUUCUUCCUAAAAUAUUGUACUAACUGCCUAAUUGAUUUCCUUGUUUCUAGUAUUUUCCUAUUCCAGUCAGUCCUACACUUGUGGACUUAGUAUACGUAGAUGUGAGUUUCAGUCCCAGCUUCAUCUCAUACUAGUUGUGUCCCUUGAGAAGUUUACUGACAGUCUCUGAACCUCAGUUUCUUUAUCUGGAAAAUAACUGCCUCACGUAUUGCUGUAGUAAUUUACUAAGGUAAUGUAUUGUUCUAGUCUGUGCUCUAUUAGUUUCAUGGUCCAAGAACCAUUCAAGCUAGCUUAAGUAUAAGGGAGAGAUUCUUGUAAGCAUCUAGUGAUGUCUUAUGUUUGCCCAAAGACAGGAACCAAAGAGUGUAGAUAUAGAAUGUGAUCAGAAACUGAGGCUGCUCCUCUCCAGAGCUAUGUGAUCCUGCCUCUCUUGUGGUAUCUCUGCUUCUAUUUGCACAUCUGCCCUAUUACUUUUCUUUCUACUCACAGUCUCCUUCUGUGUAUUCACAGUUUAUUCUCCUCUAGAAUUUUCUAUAGCACAUGGUCUCAAAUGACCACCCUGGCUGUGAAUCUUCACACCCUUUUGCCUACCACCAAGUGAUUUAGUCUACCGUAUUUUCAAGAAAGGAAUCUGAUUGGCCCAGCUCAUUUUUUGAUUGGCCACACAAGUCAUAGUCCCUAGUGAGCAUACAUGGAUCAUACACUAGCCCUACCAAAGCUUCUGAGGCUAAUAAAGGGAGCAACAGUCCUGGGCAACAUUCCAUUAGAAGUGGGUAUAGACAAGUUGAUAAUGAUUGGCAUGUAUAGAAAUUUUAUGUAAAAUACUUAGCAUACUGCUUAAUGAGUGGUAGUUAUUAUUUUUAUAUAUCAAAAUAAACUAACCAAAGUUAAAUUCCAAUUUUCUCUCUUCUCUCUCCUUCUCUUUCUUGGGCACACAUGCACACAUGUGUACAAAAAACUUAACAAAAAAUUAUAGGUGCAGCAUAGGCUUGGAGCCACUAGAUAUGAGUUAGAGCUAUAAAUCUGUUAUUUAUUAACUAUGUGAUCUUGGACAAAAUAAUUUCUCUAAUCUUCAGUUUCUUCAUUUGUAAAAUGGGAAUGAUGGUCUAUCAGUUGAGAAUUUUUUGGUUUCAAACGGCUAAUCUCACAGAUGAGAGCUUUAGGGGCAGAGAAUCCAAAUUAAUGGUGAUGAAACAAUAUGAGUAGAGAUAGUGAGAAUGAUGACACAAUGUGAAGUAUGUAACCAAUGUCGUGGAACUGCACAUGCAGAAAAUGUGAAUGGGUGUAUGCUGAAACAUUGCUCAGUCCUGUGUCAUCUUUGUGAUCGUUGGUGUAUUCCAGUCCAUUGUUGCAGCUAUUGUGCACCCACAUACCCUUAUUUGUACCAUUCUGUGACAAACUGCCCCCCGCCAGGUGGGAUUGAAUGGUCAUAGCAACUCCUCACCUCUUCUGAGAUUCUAAUCCAAUUGGGAAGAAUGCUUGCCUUUGUCCCAGAAGUCUCAACAGGAAUUUCAUAGCAUCUCACUUUUGCUGAUGAAGUCAUGUGCCUGUCCACCCCUAAAUCCAUUACUGUAGCUAGGGGAGUAAAGGCUUCAAUUGUUCAAUCCUGAAUCGCAUGCCAUUUUUCAAACCAGAGAUGUGUCAGCACCACCAGAGUCAUAUGGACUCGUAGGUGUGGGGAGAGGUUCACUGCAAUGGUAAUACUAUAAUCUCACACAAAUGUUGAAAGGAUUAGAUCAGAUAAAAUAAGCAAAACCCUUGAUCUGUGCCCAUCCUACUCUCUAGUGAACUAUAUGCAGUUCUCAAAGUCUACUAUAAUACAGAUUUCAAGUCCUUUUUUCCAUUAUCUCCCCAGACAGAUUCCAUAUUCUCUCCAAACUUCCCUGAUGGACCCUUGACUACACCUACUUUUCUUUUCUGUGUCAUGUUGCUUAUGCAAUUCCAUUGGCCUAACAUCUUUUACCAUUUUUAUCUAUGGAAUUUCUAUCCUUCAUAUCCCAUCUCAAAUACCUCCGUUUCUCACAACCUUUCCCAAACUCCUCCUGACCCUAUCCAAAAUCUCACAAAAGGUGUGGUUGCUGAUUCCUAUGAAGGAUGAUUUACUGAUCUUCAUUUCUUGCUCCAAGCUUCAGACACACAUUUCAAAACACAUUUUCCUGGAUAUUCCAGUGAAAAAAAUUCUUAUGUUGAUUGCCAUAUUCUGCCUUGUAUUAAUCUUCUGCAUUAGAUUGAAGGCUCACAAUAAGUAUUAAUUACAUCGAAUUAAACAUAAUUUCAACUAAACGUACGUUAUUUAUGAAGCUUUAAACCCAUUUAUUUUACUAGAGACAAAAUUUUCACCUUACUUUAAUAAGGAAUUUUAUAAACUUUUAACCCUAGUGUAGUCAAUUCUGGAGCCCUGGGUGGCUCAAAUGGUUAAGCACUCGACUACUAGCCAAAAGGUUUGCAGUUUGAAUCCACCUAAAGGCUCUUUGGAACACAGGCCUGGUGAUUUGCUUCUGAAAGGUCACAGCCUUCAAAACCCUAUGGAGCAGUUCUACUCUGCACACGUGGUGUCACCAUGAGCCAGAAUUGACUCUGUAGCAACUAACCACAACAAUAUAGUCAAUUCUUAGUAAUUCACAAUGCAGUUUCAAUCAUAUCAUAAACCCUGUUUAUCUUAGACUUGCUUUUUCUUACUUACCUUAGGAGUCUGUGUUUAUCAAGUACCUACUAUAUUCUAAGCAGUAUUAAAGGCAGUGAGGAUAAAAUAGAACAAACUGGUGAAGUUUCUGCCCUGGUGGAGCUUACAUUCUGGUUAGGCAUGGGAUGGGUAGGAACAGGCUGCAAAGAAGUAAAUACUCAAUAUAAUGAUAAUUCUACUGGUUUUCAGUUGCCAUAAAGUAUGUUUUGUUUGUUUGCUUAUAAAUCUCUGUGUUCUAAGAUUAAUGUUGGAAAGGAAACUGUUAGGGGGUAGGUGGUUCAGUGGUAGAAUUCUCACCAUUCAUGCAAAAGACCCAGGUUCAAUUCUUGGCCUAUGCAUCUCAUGCACAGCCACUGCCUCUCUGUCAGUGGAGGUUUGCAUGUUGCUAUGAUGUAGAACAGGUUUCAGGGAAGCUUCUAGACUUAAAUGGACUAGGAAGAAAGGCCUGGUGAUCUAUUUCCAAAAACCAGCCAGUGAAAAUCCUGUGAAUCACAACAGCCUGAUCCACAAUGAAUCAUGAGGAUGAUACAGGACCAGGCAGCGUUUUGUUUCAUUGUACCUAGGGUCUCCAUGUGUUGGGGGCCAACUCAAUGACAGCGAACAAUAACAGACCUCAAACAAAGAGAGUUAUUCCAAAGAAUGCCUUUUUAGCUUUUUAACUUUCUUUUCAAUCUCUCUGUGAGCUGGGACUAGCCACCAUUUUAUAUUAUGAGCCAUAGGCUCCCCUAGGUUUAUUCGAAUAAUCAAGAGACAUUCCUAAAAAUUAUUCCCAAAGAAUGAUGUAAUAACGAUGGUUACUGAAUACUGGACUUCAAGUCUAUUCGAUUUGUUAAGUACUUAUAAUAGUGAAUAGAAUUAAUUAUAUAGCUUGUAUUAUUAUUACUAGUAUAAAAUAACAUGUAAAUAGAAUAUAUAUAUAUAUAAUCACAGAUACACAUAUUCAGAUUUAGGAAGUACUGUAUUUUUUUAAAGUUCAAAAUCUACUUGAGUUUGAUAUAUUCUUUGUGACUUUAUAGGGUAGUUUAAAAUUUUUAGUUCAAUAAUAGAAGGAUGGCAACAGUUCUGUAACAGCUACAUCAUUUAAUAAAUUUGGCAAGACUUAUGCUAAAAUAGGGAAAAAUCAAGAGUUUACUUUUACAUUGACAGCACCAAUUUUAAUGUAGGUAAGUGUACUUUAUAUUAUUAAACUCUCAAAAAUGAAGAAAUUUCAGUAUAUAGACAGUCAUGUUUAUGGUGUUCCUUCUGUACUGUGUUCUCCAUGUGGCUCCUCUAUGCCAGAUGUUUUCCACAGUCUUCACAUUUCCAGUGCCAACCCUGCCUCCCUGCCCCUGCUUUUCACAGAUUAACUGAUCUUUACUUUUUUGAAAAGGUCAACCAGCAUGAGCUUCCUCAGCUUUACUCCUCUCAACCACAGAAUUUUUAUUUCCACACACAUUUCUCCAGACUGUUUUGUCUCAGAGCAACGUGACCCUGGUUCUUUCCAAAGCAAAAUCACCAAACCCCUUCCCACGGUGUUUAUAAGCUUGCUCUUCUUGUUCUUUUUUAUAACAUUUUUCUUCUUUGAAAUAGCUUCCAAACUCUGCCUUCCCCUAUUGAACCUGCUUCUGAAAAAGAGUAGUCUUAACUCUCCUUGCUUGCAGCUCCUUAGUCACUUCUUGAAAUCUAUGUUCUUAACUUCACAACUUUACUGAAAUUGUACGUUUAAAGGUCAAAAGUUACCUAUACUCACUGCCUUUUCUCAGUGCUCAUAUUCCUCUGAGAAGCUUGAUUCUUUUUCCUAUCACCAUUGCCUCUGUCUUAGCCUGGACUCUCUAGAGAAACAAAACCAGUAAAGCAUAUGAAUAUGUACAGAGAGAGAUGUAUAUCAGGGAAAUGGCUCACUCUCCAAAAAAUAACCACUACCCAGAAGUGAGUGUAUGUGCUUGCUGUGCAUGUUUUUAUUCUUUUACAAUAUAUGUUUGUACGUAGUCAUUAAAAAUAAUAGUAUUGUUGUUAUACUUCUUUAUCUAGCUGGUACCAACCAGAUGGUACAUAUUCACUUGCACACUGUUUUUCACUUAACUUUAUGCUGUUGACAUUUUUUCCGUGUCCUUAUAUAUUAUUGUUGUUAGGUGUCUUUGAGUCAGUUCCAAGUUAUAGCAACCCUGUGUACAACAAAACACUGCUCAGUCUUGCACACCAUCCUCACAAUCAUUGCUAUAUUGAUCUCAUUGUUGCAGCCACUGUGUCAAUCCAUGUCAUUGAGGGUCUUCCUCUUUUUUGCUGAUCCUUCACUUUACCAAGGUGGUCCCUUCUGAUAACAUGUCCAAAGUAUGUGAGACAGAAUCUCGCCAUCCUUGCUCCCGAGAAGCGUUCUGGCUGUACUUCUUGCAAGACAGAUUUGUUUGUUCUUCUGGCAAUCCAGGUAUAUUCAAUAUUCUUUGCCAGCACCAUGAUUGAAAGGCAAUAAUUUUUCGUCAGCCUUUUUUAUUCCUUGUCCAGUUUUCACUUGCAUAUGAGGCGAUUGAAAAUACCAUGGCUUUGGACAGGUGCACCUUAAUCCUCAAAAUGACAGCCUUGCUUUUCAACACUUUAAAAGGGUCUUUUGCAGCAGAUUUGCCCAGUGCAGUAUGUUAUCUGGUUUCUUGACUACUGCUUCCAUGGGCGUUGAUUGUGGAUCCAAGUAAAAUGAAAUCCUUGACAGCUUCAAUCUUUUCUCCAUUUAUUAUGAUGUUGCUUAUUGGUCCAGUUGUAAGGAUUUUUGUUUUAUGCUGAGAUGCAGUACAUACUGAAGGCUGUAGUCUUUGACCUUCAUCAGUAAGUGCUUCAAGUCCUCUUCAGUUUCAGCAAGCAAGGUUGUGUCAUCUGCAUAUAUCAGGCUGUUAACGUGUCUUCCUGCAAUCCUGAAGCUGUGUUCUUAUUCAUAUAGUCCAGCUUCUUGAAUUAUUUCCUUAGCAUACAAAUUGAAUAAGUGUCUAUCGUGAAAGGAUACAACCCUGACAUACACCGUUCCUGAUUUUAAACUAUGCAGUAUCCCCUUGUUCUGUUCAAAACAACUGCUAUGUACAGGUUCCUCAUGAGGACAGUUAAGUGUUCUGAAAUUCCCAUUCUUCACAAUGUUAUCCAUAUUUCGUUAUGAUCCACACAGUUGAAUGCCUUUGCAUAGUCAAUAAAACACAGGUAAACAUCCUUCUGGUAUUCUCUGCUUUCAGCCAAGAUCUAUCUGACAUCAGCAAUGAUAUCCCUUGUUCCACGCCCUCUUCUGAAUCCGGCUGGAACUUAUGGCAGUUCCCCAUCUAUGUACUCCUGUAACCACUUUUGAAUGAUCUUCAGCAAAAUUUUACUUGUGUGUAAUAUUAAUGGUAUUGUUCAAUAAUUUCCACAUUCUGUUGGAUCACCUUCUUUGAAAUGGGCACACAUAGGGAUCUCUUCCAGUUGGCUGGCCAGGUAGCUGUCUUCCCAAUUUCUUGACAUAGAUGAGUGAACACCUCCAGCACUGCAUCCGUUUGCAGAAACAUCUCAGUUGGUGUUCUCUCAGUUCUUGGAGGCUUGUUUUUCGCCAGUGCCUUCAGUGCAGCUUGGACUUCCAACUUCAGUGCCGUUGAUUCUUAAUCAUAUUCUCUCUCCUGAAAUGGUUUAACGUCAACCAAUUCUUUUUGGUACGGUGACUUUGUAUCUUUCCUUCCAUCCUCUUAUUUUAAUGCUUCCUGCAUCAUUCAAUAUUUUCCUUCUAGAAUCCUUCAAUAUUGCAACUCAAGAUUUCAAUUUUUUCUUCAGUUCUUUCAGCUUGAGAAAUGUCAAGCGUGUCCUUCCCUCUUGAUUUUCUAACUCCAGACCUUUGCACAUUUCGUUAUAAUACUUUACUUUGUCUUCUGGAGCUGCCCUUUGAAGUCUUCUGUUCAACUCUUUUACUUCAUCAUUUCUUCUGUUUGCUUUAGCUACUUGUUCAAAACCAAGUUUUAUAGUCUUUCCUGACAUCCAUUUUGGCCUUUUCUUUCUUUCCUGUCUUUUUAAUGACUUCUUGCUUUCUUCAUGUAUGAUGUACUUGAUGUCAUUCCACAGCUUGUCUGGUCUUUGGUCAUUAGUGUUGAAUGAGUCAAAUCUGUUCUUGAGAUGGUCUCUAAAUUCAGGUGGGUUAUAUCAUGGUCAUAUUUUGGCUCCCAUGGACUUGCUCUAAUUUUCUUCAGCUUCAUCUUAGAACUUGCAUAUGAGCAAUUGAUGGUCUAUUCUGCAGUCGGCCCUACCCUUGUUCUGACUGAUGAUAUUGAGCUUCUCCUUCGUCUCUUUCCAAAGAUGCAGUCGAUUCAAUUCCUGUUUAGUCCAUCUGCUUAUGUCCAAGUGUAUAGUCAGCAUUUAUGUUGUUGAAAAAAUGUAUUUACAAUGAAGAAGUCAUUGGUUUUGCAAAAUUCUUUAAUGUGAUCUCUGGUAUUGUUUCUAUAACAAAGGCCGUAUUUUCCAACUACUGACCCUUCUUCUUUGUUUCCAACUUUCACAUUCUAAUCACCAGUAAUUAUCAAUGCACAUUGGUUGCAUGUUUGAUCAAUUUCAGACUGCAGAAGUUGGUAACAACCUUCAGUUUCUUCAUCUUUGGCUUUAGUGGUUGAUGCAUAAAUUUGAAUAAUAACCAUAUUAACUGGUCUUCCUUGUAGGCAUAUAGAUAUUAUCUUGUACUUCAGGACAGAUCUUGAAAUGCUCUUUUUGACUAUGAAUAUAUCGGCAUUCUUUGGUAAUCUGUCAUUCCUGGCAUAGUACACUAUAUGAUUGUCUGAAUCAAAAUGGCCAAUACGAGUCCAUUUCAGGUCACUAAUGCGUAGGAUAUUGAUCUUUAUGUAUUCCAUUUCAUUUUUGAGGACUUCUGAUUUUCCUGGAUUUGUAUUUUGUACAUUCCGCAUUCUGAUUAUUAAUGGAUGUUCGCAGAUGUUUCUUGUCUGUUCGAGUCAUGCCACAUCAGUAAAUGAAGAUCCUGAAAGCUUGACUCCAUUCACGUCAUUAAGGUCUACUCUACUUGAGGACGCAGGUCGUCCCUAGUCGUAUUUUGAGUGCCUUCCAACUUGCCGGGCUCAUCUUCCAGCGCUAUACCAGACAAUGUUCUGCUGCUAUACAUAAGGUUUUCACUUUUCCAGUUUUUUCAGAAGUAGACCACCAAGUCCUUCUUCCUUGUCUGUCUUAGUCUAGAAGCUCUGCUGAAACCUGUCCACCAUGGGUGACCCUGCUGGUAUUAUACUAGCUGCAUAGCUUCCAGCAUCAUGGCAACACACGAGCCUUAUGGUACAACAAACUGGCAGACACAUUGUAGGUUCUUAUAUAUAAAAAAAAAAGUUUUUUUUUUUUUAUAUAGCUCAUGUUUAUUCGUUUUAAGUGAUGUAUAGUAUUCAUUUAAUGCCUAUGCCAGUUUAUUCUCCCGUUCAUGGACUUUGAGGUUCUUUUCAUAUAUUUCCUAUUAAGAGCGUUUUGCAGAAAACAUACUUGUACAUUUCCCCUUGUGCACAUAAACAAUUUUUUGUAGGGUGUCUUGAAAUGAAAUUGCCGGGACUAGGUUGUCAUCAUCAUUGUCUUAGCUAACUAGUGCUGCUAUAACAGAAAUACUAUAUGUGGAUGACUAUAUGUGGAUGACUUUAACAAACAGAAAUAUGUUCUCUCACAGUUCAGGAGGCUGGAAGUCCAAAUUCAGGACACCAGCUUCAGGGGAAGGCUUUCUCUGUCUGCUUUGGUGGAAGGUCCUUGUCAUCAAUCUUCCCCUGGUCUAGGAGCUUCUCAGCGCAGGGACCCUGGGUCCAAAGGAUGCACUUGCUCUCAGCUCUUCUUUCUUGGUUGUAGGAGGUCCCUCUGUCGAGCUUCUCUCUUUUAUAUCUCGAAAGAGAUUGACUCCUGAUACAAGGUAAUCCUGUAGAUUGACUCCUGCCUCAUUAACAUAACUACCUCUAAUCCUGCCUUGUUAAUAUCAUAGAGGUUAGGAUUUACAAGAAUAGGAUAAUCACAUCAGAUCACAAAAUGGUGAACAACCAUAUGAUACUGGAAAUCAUGCCCUAGCCAAGUUGACACACAUUCUUAGGAGACACAAUUCAAUCCAUGACAAUCAUCAUGAUCAUAAUGGCAGUGAUGUUUACCAACUGCUGUGUAGCAGUUGGAAACCCUGGUGGUGUAGUGGUUAAGUGUUUGGCUGCUAACCAAAAAGUUGGCAGUUGAAUCUACCAGGCAGUUCUUGGAAACUCUACGUGGCAGUUCUACCCUGCCUUAUAGGGUCGCUAUGAGUUGGAAUCAACUCGACGACAGUGGGUUUGGUUGGUUUUUUUUUUGUUUGUUUUUUUCUUUUUGGUUUUGUACCAGUUACUCUUCUAAAUGCUUUGUAUAUAUUACUUUCUUUAAUCCUCAAAAUAAUAUGCAGGCACUAUUAUUAUCCACAUUUUACCGAUGAAUAAACUGAGCUAUAGAGCAAUUAAGUAAUUUGUCCAAAAUCCUGCAGAUAGGAAGUGAUAGAGCCCUGAUUACAACUGAUGUAUGUUCUUAGUAACUACACUAUACACAAACCAUGUUCUGUGGAGUGUGCACAUAUUCAGCUCCUCCAGAUAUUGCCAUUUUGUUUUCCAAAGUGGUUUGACCAAUUUAUACUCUCAACAGCCAAUAAAGUUGUUAUUUAAAGUUACUAAUUUAUAAAAUUAAAAAGCAAUGGAUCCAUUAAAUUUUGUUUGAAAUGUUUACAGAUCUCUAAAGUCUAAAAGUCUGAAAACCACUUCCUUACAUGACACUGUUUGGAGAAACAUGCUUUUAUAGAAUCAUAAGGCUGUAAUCGCCACUUCUCACUUGACACUGUUUAGAAGAACUUGCUUUUAUAGGAUUAUAAGACUGGGAUCCUUGGCCUUUAAAAGGCCCAGCUAUAGGAAGUUUUCUUGAAUUCAUCUGGACCUAACUUCUAUCAACCGUGUAGGCUUAAAACCUCAGUAACCUUUGAUUGCUCUUGUCUGUUCCUUAGCUUGUCCCCAGUCUUCACCCCCCAUUCUUUACCCUGUGCUUAUUCUCCAUUCACCGAUUGACAGGUCACUACAUAUGGUUAAGCAUCUGGCUGCCAAUUGAAAAAGGUUGGCAAUUUGAAAUUAUCCAGCACCUCCACAGGAUAAAGACCUGGCAAUCUGUCCCAGUAAAGAUUACAGCCUAGGAAACCCUAUGGAGCAGUUCUGUUCUGUCACAUAGGGUAGCUAUGAGUUGAAAUUGAGUUGAUGGUGUUGAUGGUAUACAACAAUAACACAACACGCACUCACCAAUUGUAAAAUCUUUAAUCUUUCCCUUUCUAGUUCUAUAACCUAGGUCAGGUUCUUCACACAUCUUUUUUGGUAAUACUAUAAGAAAAUGAAACUGGUCUUUACCUCUAGAGUCUCCCAGAAGUGACCCAUUCUAUACACUGCUACUCCAACAGACUCCCUAAUUAUUACAUUAUUCUUGUGCUCACAGACCUUCAAUAAUGUCUUACUGUGUAUAUCAAAUUAAGUAUAAUAUCAUCUACUUUUAUUCUCCAAAAUCUUGUUUUCAAAUGUUUGCCACCUUAUCCACCGUUACUGCUCUGUUUCUACCAGUGGUUCUCAGACUUAGCAUGCAUCACAAUUAUCUUUUGAUUCAGUAUGUCAGUGUGGGGUAGAGCUCAAGAAUUUUGCAUUUGUAAUAAGUUUUAAUGUGAGGCUGAUGCCACAGGUCAGGUCCCAGAAGCACACUCUGAGAACCACCGCUGGAGGUGACCUGUGCGACCUAGCAUGGGGACUGAUGAGCGAGCUGCUCAUUGAAUAUAUAUUGAAUAGAAUGAAAUCCUUUUUUUUUUUAAAGUCCAGAGAAACUGACUUUCCAAAGGUCCCAGAGACUAAAGCAUUAAAACCAGAGAGAUUUUUUUUUUUAAUUUUAAACUUACAGAAAAGUUGCAAGAAUACUAAAAUGAACUCCUCUACAUUUUUUACGUUGAGUUACCAGUAGUUUACACUUUGUUACAUUUGUGUGGACCCUCCUCUCUCUCUCUCUCUCUUGCUUUCUGUGCAUGUAUAUAUAAAAUAUAUAAUUUUUUUUUUCUCUGACCAUUUGAGUGUACCUUGGUGAUAUCAGUCUUUACCCUAAAUACUUAAGUGAAAAUUUCCUAAAAAAUAAGGACUUUCUCUUAUACAACCAGUAUAAUUAUUAAAAUCAGGAAAUAUGUUGAUAUAAUACUAUCUAAUUCACAGUCGAAAUUCAAAUUUUGUCUUUUUUCCUAAUAAGGUCUUUUAUAGCUAUUUUUUUCCUAUUCCAGGAUCCAAUCUAGGAUAAUAUAUUGAGUUUAGUUGUGAGGAGAUACCUUGAGAUUGUGCAAAUAUUUUAUUCCUCAUCAAACUUUCAUUCAUUGGUGUAGCAUGAACUGAUAAUUUUCUUACUCCGUCAUUACUUCUGUAUUUAUAGUUUUCAUUCCACUGUAAGACAGAGCUUUCCUUUUGUCCCCAUUUAUUUAUGUAUAUUAAUAUAAACUCAUUUAAUCUUAUUUCAUGGAAUUAUUAUUAUCAUUAUUUCUUUUGGCUCUAAAAAUAAUUUUUGUUUAUUUUAAUGCUCAAAAUAAAUAUUUUUAUUUCAUUUUUAUUUGGCCAGUGGGAACCCCUUCAAGCUGGUUCCUGUGUCCUUUUGAAAUGUUCUCAUUAUUAUUUGAACACUUUCUUAUUUUCUAGUUUAAAAAGAUGUUCUAGUCUCAUACUUUUCUUGAAAUCAACAUUUUAUCUACGGAGCUCUGGUUUCUUUUAGCGGAGACUAGUGGUUAGAAAUGAAGAUAUGGGGGCCAGGUGUGCUCACUCUUACUGGUAUUCACUUGCUUCUGGGAGCAAACAGAACUAGGAUAUAUACUGAUAGCCUAAUUAUAUCCCCACACUACAGGGUACAUUCUCAUUUUCUCUCUUUGCUUAUUUAUAGCUGUGUUCUCCCACACAAGUAAAAAGCCUUGCUCCUUUGUUACUUCAUUUGUUAUGAGAAAUAUAUUAAUUAAAAUUUAAUGUUUAUUGUAGAAAAUUUUUAUCCCAAAGUGCAAAGACAAUAAAAUCACCUUAUUCUCACCCAAAAACAGCCACUGCAGUGUACACUUCCAUUUUUCUUUAUUCUCUGCACAUGUAUGUAAGUAUAGAAAUAAUAUAUAUUUAUAGUAUAUAUUUAUACUUUCAUUUUUAUAAUGAGAUUGGGAAUUAUAUUGUUAAAGGUAAAAAUACUGCAUUUGUGAGGCAUUUUAACCCCUCUGCUACACUAUCAGGAAUAUAAUUUUAUAAAAUCCCGCUACCUCAGAUAGAUGUAGGCUUUGUUGCUGGCUCUUGUUUUGGGGCUGGCAAUCUUGGGCAAGUCAUUGCUGAUCCUCACUUAAUAAAUAUGUUAUAAGAUAUUAAAUAAUCUAUAUAAAUCACCAAGUGCAGACUUCUUAGCAUAGCAGGCAUUCAGCAAGUAAUAAUCGUUUUGCAGAUUAUCAAGUGAUUUUUUACAUGUGUAGAGAAGUAGUUUAUUAUAAUGUUUGUUAAUAUGCUGAAUAUAUCGUACUAGAUUAAAGUACUUUGAAGGGCAGCAACUAUUUUAUCUUAUGUUAAUAAAGAAAAAAUUUGCAAUCAGUUUCUAAAGAAUAGAUGGACAUAAGAUAUGCAUACGGUAAUAUAUUUAAGGCAAAGUUAGUUAUGCCUUCAUUGCAUAUAAAUCCAUAAAUUAAGAAUCACAGUGUUAUAUGCGUUGAAAGGUUGAUGAAUACAUGUGUUAUUUGCUGUCAGAAUGUGCUUGGUCAGCCUGUUUUUAGCUCUUAUGUUGUAACAAGUAAUGAAAACAUUGGCUUUCCACAGUCAACCAAAUAUUUGUUUUGCUGCUACUUACAUGUUACUGUAGACUAAAUAAUUUUUCUUGCCUCAGCAGCAUAAAUAUGGUUUUAGUCCAGGCUUUGGAUACUUCAGCUUAAUUUUAUGCCUGUGCAUAUAAUGCCACAUGGGUGCUUAUAUAAUAAGAUUGUAAAUACUUUAUCUUCUGUUGUGUGGUGAAGGAGCUCAUUGUAUCAGGUAUACAAAAAUGAUUCCAGAAGAAAAAGAUAAUGGUAUCUGCUAAAAUGGAAGGGGGAAAAAGCAUGCUGGCAUGGAACAUAGAAAUAUAACUCUUCUAAAGAAAAAAACAGACAUUGAAAUUCUUAAAUGUUUAAAACAGGGCAUCCUGUAUGCUUUUCAGUGAAAAUUGAUGAUAGCGGUAGUAAAAUGUUUCGUCAGUAUGAUUGUACUCCAGAGUCAAAAAAAAGAUGGAGACAAGAGGGAAAAAAAUGAAGUUAAUGAAUAAAACAAAUGUUACCCCAGAUCAUGGCCCUCUUUAUGUCUUACUAAGGAAAAAUAUAAAGACUAUAUAAUAAUAUGUUUGUUUAUAGUUUAUAUGUGUGUGUAUGUAUAUAUGUAAUUCUUUUUUUUAAAGAAUUGAAGAUAUCAAAAAAUACAGGAAAAAACAUUAUAUAAUUAACAUUCAGACAGUAGCAAGCUUUCACUACAAUAUGAGAUGAAGUUCAUUGCAUUUCUGAGGUCAAGGGUAGCUAAACUUGCCUCAGCCUCUUAACACUCAUACUACCACUAUUUUACCACCUAGAGCAUGCAAGUGUAAUAAUCUCUUUACUUGCUAGUGCAUCCCGUAUUCUGUAAGUUUCUGAAAGACAGGACCCAUCUUGAUCAUAGUUCUUUUAUUCAACAAAUAUUUAUUGGGUGCCAGCUGCUCUUUUGGACACUUUGGAUACAUCAAGGAUAAAACAAACAAAAAUGAACUCUAGCCUGGUGGACUUUACAUUCUACCCAUAUUUGCACAGUUCGCGCCACAUUGUAAUUUUCACCUCAUGGUUAUAAGAUGGCUGCAGCAGCUUUAAGUAUCACAUCUUCACACAACAACAUCUAAAGCAAGAAGGAAAGGUAAAAGCAAAAGGACUUCCUCUUCUUGGACCUUUCUUUUUAUGGAAAAUCUUUCCCAGAACCCUUAACAGACUUCCCUUUACAUAUCAUUGGCCAAAACUGGGUCCGCUAAGAAUGAAUAUGUUGCCUAGACCAAUCGCUGACAAAGGAGAGUGGGAUUUCUAAACUAUAAACAACCAAAAAAAAAAAAAAAAACCUAUUGCCACAACUACUACUCACCUGUAUCUGCACCGUUUGCUUGCCUGCCCUCCUGUAACUGUUCAUAGGAUGAGCUGUUCCUACUCCUAGUCUACCCCACUUGUAUACUAUAUCCUGCCUCCUCUCACCUACUUGCAGGUAUCACCCCAAUAGUUCUCUUCUUUAUCCUCUGCAUCAUCAAAUUUUCCUCUCUACUGGAUCAUUUACCAUGAGCAUGCAAACAUGGAGUAAUUUCUCUAUUUAAUUUUUUUUUUUUUUUUAGAUUUGAGAACUAAUCUUCUACAGAUCAGUUACUCUUAGAGUCAUCCUUGACUCCUCUCUUGCUUUUCUACUCCACAUUCAGCUGUUCAGCAAAUCUAGGAUCCAUAAUCCAACCACUUCUUACCGCUUCCACUGUCACUACCCUGGUAGGAGGCAUGAUUGUUUUCCACUUGGAUUACUGCAGUAGUCUCCUAACUGGUCUCUCUGUUUCUGCCAGUGACCUCUGAGAGUCUAUUUACAACAUAGUAUUUUCGUAAUGGUAACAGUCAGCAGGAGAAAGAUGUGUCAGUCUGUUUUCAUAAAGAUUACAGCCUUAGGAACCCUGUUGGGCAGCUCUACUCUGUCCUGUAGAGUCACUAUUAGUGGCAAUCAACUCAACAGCAAUGGGUCUAGCUGUCAGUAAGUAG